AUGCGCGUACUUGGCCUGAUAAGUGGCGGCAAGGACUCCAUUUGGAACUUGCACUACUGCCACCACUUCGGUCAUGAGCUUCGAUGCCUGGCUAACCUGGCGCCGCCUCCGGGAGUCUCGGAGCUGGACUCGUACAUGUACCAGACGGUGGGCUCAGAGCUGGUGACCUGCAUUGCGGAGGCCAUGGGCUUGCCCUUGGUGCGCCGCGCCAUCGCCGGUGCCCCGAAGAACGUGGAGUGCGGCACCUACGCCCCGGAGGAGGGUGAUGAGGUGCAGCGUAUCCGCACUUGCGACUUGGCAGAUUUGGAUGUCAAAGAGGACUGCGUCACGUUUCUGGUGAAGAGCGAGAGGGUCCUUGUGGAACUUGCACCCAAGACGAUCAAUACCAACGACUGCUCUGCCCGCUUCAGGAAAAAAGAUCUCGUCAUCACCUGGCGCGACACGGAGCCAAAGCUGCAAGAGCCGAAGCUGCCAGAGCCGAAGCUGCCAGAGAGUCCAGCACCCACAGAACUCCCGGAAGACGAGUCAAAGGUGGAGUUUGGUCUGAGCGCUGCGGUGUCAUGGGCUUGUGGGCGCUUGGCGGUGCUGAAGAUUCCGGAGGAAAGCACAGGCUUCCAGCGCUUCAAGGCCGAGGUGGGCCUGGCGGAGCUGGCCUUCUACGGGCUGCGCUGCGGUCGCCUGGGCCUCCCAGCGCCGCUGUGGCCCCGCCUCUUCGCCGCGGAGGCGCGGCUCGAGGCGGCGCUGCAGGCGGCGGCGGCGGGGGACUUCGGCGACACCGGCGAGGCCAUCGGCUUCGUGCUGGAAACCCUCAACCGAGUAGCGGGCGCAGUAUGUGAUGUCCGCUUGGAGGUCCCGGAGCAGCCGCUGCUGGGUGUGGCUGAGACAACCCAGGUGAGUGCUGGCUUAGCUGGCAGCCGCUGGGCGCUGCGCGAUGGGACGCUGCUGGGUCCCGGUAUAGGGACUUGGAAGCUGUCUCCGGAGCAAGCAGAGGAGAGCGUGAUGGCAGCUCUACGCGAAGGCGUGCGCCAUGUGGACACGGCCGCCGAGUAUGGCACCGAGGCCGCGGUGGCGCGAGGCAUCAGGAACGCGGGCGUCGCCCGAGGCGAUGUCUUCGUGAACCUGAAGGUGGCGGCGGACAGCGCAAACGAGCUGAGAGAAGUGGUGGCAUCAUCUAUGGCCAAGUGGGGUUGUGGCUCAGUUGACUGCUUGAUGCUACACCGCCCCCCUCCCAACGACGACGAGCUGGAAAGUGUUUGGCGUGUUUUGGAGGAGGAGGUGAAAGCGGGCCGCGCGCGGAUGCUGGGGGCAUCCAACGUCACGGUGCAGCAGCUUGAGGUGUUGUCGAGCACCAAGCGGCCGGAGUCCCUGUGGCCUGCCGUUGUCCAGCUCAAGUGCUCGAUGUUCCACCAAGGCGGCUACUUCAUUGAAAACUCUGCCCGCUUAUGGCAGCUCUUGCGCCAGAAGCGAAUCAUUCCGGUUGGGAUCUCCCUGUUCAAUUCGCUGCACUCCUGUGUGAGCCCGCUUGAGGAGCCCAUGACCCACGCCUGGGCCGCACAGCUGGGGUCCACCUCUGCGGAGCUGUUGGCCACCUGGGCGCGGCUCCUGGGCGUGUGCCCCCUGCUGCGGUGCUCGCCCAGCCACGCUCCGAGCUUCCGCACGGAGCUCCACGUCUCGCCGCAAAAGGCGCCCGGGGCUGCGUCGCUUGUGGAGGGUGGCUUCAGAUUGGGAGAUCAAAGGCAAAUCAAGGCGAGUUUGCGGGGUCCUUAA